AUGGCAGCUGCAGCAGCUGAAACACCACCCAGAGAAAUUGAUCCACUCGGACCCUGGUACGCAGAGCUCUGCCACGGUUGGCUCCGCGCAAAGCAGAAUCCUGGGAAUUGGCAGGAUGAAGGCCUUGAGUAUCUAUGGGACCCCCCCGCCGCUGCCUCAAGAUCCGACACACACGCAUGCCACCCAAGCCAACGAGGCCCCCUUCAAUACUUGGCCCCCUCUAUCCCACAAGAACCUGGUCACAAACCGCCCACACAUACUGCACCCGCUCCUAUGGUAACCGCCUCGGCUGGGUCAUCUAUAACCCUCAUGUUCGGCGGCAACGGUCACAGCCGUGGUAACUUUGGCGGUGUUGAGAUGGGUGACCCAGGGAAAGUAUCUGUUUAUUGGGCCGGUAGCAAAGAAAAAGAAAUUGUAGAUGUAAAGGAGUUGACGGAGGAGAAUCUCAUGCAGAGGAACGGGUUCAGUGAGGAGAGUUUCGCAUAUCCGUUGGAUAAGAAAGUAACAGCGCCAGGGUGGGGACCGGAAGAUCUUCACGACAAGGGAAACUGGCAAACGUUGCAUCUGUAA